AUGACCACGCCCUGGUCUGCAGGGCCCGGCUGGGCACCCCCCACCAGUGCGCAAGGCUGCAGGAGCUCCAUUGGGACCCCCUCCCCGACCCGGGGCCGGCAGGAACCCGCCUCUCGGGCCACCCCUCUGUCCACGUGCUGCCGUCCCCACCCCCAGAGCCUGCCGGCCGGGUCCCAGGCAGUCCAGGGUCAGGAGGAAGAAGGCGGCAGGCCGCUGGCCAGCCCCCCAUCCGCACAUCGGGAGCUGAGUUGCCGUGGAACGAGGGGGCCCGUCUCUGGAAGUGAGGGGCUCAGAGGGUCCAGGGGGAGGGGUCCCAAGCCCGAGGAAAGCCCCAGAGUGCCCUCGAUGUCAGCAGUGGUUUGCCACAAGCAGCUCGGGCUCCGGCAGGAAGCCCCAGGCCUGAGCCUCAGUGUGGCCUCCGUAAACGGACAGAGAGUGCCCUUCGCCCUCCCUUCCAGAGAGCUCCGUGUGGGCGGGACAAGAAGGAAGAGCUCCGCAAAGGCUAAUCCAGGACGACGGCAGCAGGCGCUUGCGGGACGGUCAGUGACGCAGCCUCGGAGGCACACCGGAGAAGGCGUCCACCUCUGCUCGUUCGCCCCAAGGCGGGGCCGGUCCUACAGUGCACCGACCGCCUCCCAAGGCCGCCAGAGCGUCAAGGCCACGGACAGGCUGAGAGACGGUCCAGCCCAGGAGCCCGGGGAGCCGCGGGGGGUGGGUUUCAGUGUUCACGUGCUCCUGUCGGGGCGGGGACGGGGCCUGCCCCCCACCAGGCAGCUCUAUGGCACGUGGGCGGUGUUCUGA